AUGACUCGAGCACAACAAACCAUCUCGAUUGGACUUCUUGUCACUUCUCUCUACCUUGCGCUAUACCUCCAGCUUGUCCCAUUACCGGCUUUGGUCUCGGAAGAGAUUCUACCUGUGCUACCCUUCUGGGCUCUAGUUUCCUUCGGCGCAUACCUACUAUUCAAAUUAGGACUCGGUGUAUUCACAUUCAACGACGUACCAAAAGCACAUGCGGAAUUGAUGGCAGAAAUUGAGCUGGCAAGAGCUGAUUUGAGAACGAAGGGAGUUGAUGUCGAUUAA